UCCUUUUCCUCCUCUGACUUCUCUGUUCCCCAACUCUCCACUUCUUUCUUACCUGUUCUUUCCCAUAAUUAAACAUCAAUACCCACCAUCUCUAUGUCUCUCUCUCCCCCAUUUACUCUUCCUUGCUUUUUAUUCCUUUUCAGUUAAACUUCUUAAUUAAAAAAAAUAUCUAAGUAAGGUCACACCUUACCCUCUAUUAGUGUUUCAGAAACAUAGAAAAACUCAAUGACCAGUUUUAUGUUCUCAUAAACAGUCAUAUAGCUAGGAAAGCUACACUGGGAACAGAUGUCUCCAAUUCCAAAGCAGUUUUUAGGUUGAUUUCAGAAGCAAGCCACUUUCACUUGAUCUUGAAAUUUGAGAAGAUUGAAAAUCCAGGUAGAUUUAGUUCCAAAAUUGGGAGGGACAAAGAUGAAACAACUCAAACAAGUGUGUGCAUGUAAUUGUUUGUUUUGGAUAUGCUGAUGUUGUUGGAUCUCCAUAUUAAUGUUUUUGUUUUUCUCUGUCUUGUGUGCUGAUUGGUGGUCUUAAUUGUCUCUAAACCUUGACUUGCACUAAAAAACUGAUGGAGUUCAAGUUUAACCUGAGUGCUGUUUUCUCUCUCUCUCUCUCUCUCAUCAAGGGACUGAGGUGCACUCUUGACGUCCAAUUCUCUAAGUCAAUGAUUCCUUGGAAAUAUAUAAUCAGAAAGAAUCUCCAUAGAAGAUUCAACAUUGAUUUCAGAUUAUAUAUGUUACUAAUUGUAGUUGACAAUGACAGGAAUUUGAUUUCCUGGAUUGUUGAUGAUACUUUGGCCAUGAUGAAAUGUGAAAACACUAAUACUGGCUAACUAUUAGUUCAUGAACUUGGUGGCAUGUCUCCUUUCUACUCUAUGGUUAUUCCACUUUAUCACUUCCUUGCAAAACAGAAGGUAAGAUAACAAGCAUAUGUGAAGAUUCAAUCAAGAUUAGCUCCAUGCUAAAGGUAUUGCAGUUGUAUUCUCCAAUCUGAAUAGGCAUCCAUAUCUAGUUACACCUUAAUUUCAAAUAUUCAAUCAUACAUUAGUAAAUUGUAUGGUUUUGAAUGUUCAUAUUCAGCAAUCAGCGUUCUUGUUUAUCUGGAUUUUAAAUUUUUGCUAGGUAAAGUCUGAAAAAGCAAAAUCUAUGAUAGUUUGAUUUUGUGCUCAAAAUCUAGAGUAGUAUUUAACCAUUACGUUUGUUACCAAAUCUGUCAUAAGUCAAAUAAUCAUAAAUUCUGAAAAAUACAACUAAAACAUGAUUUUGUUUGUAUUUUUGAGUAUGGGGUUAUGGCCACUGCUACGCAACCAAUUUUCUGUUACCAAUAGCUUUUACUUCAUAUAGAGUCUAUUUUGUCUUCUAUCAGAAUCAUCCUACAAUUUAAUGCUUGUUUCUUUUACAUUUGAUUGGCUAAACAUAUCAUGAAACAAACAAGCACCAAGUAGAAAUGUUUUUCAACCAGUGAAAGACUGAAAGUCCAUUUUCAAGGCACAUGAAUCACAAAACAUGGAUAGAGUAAAUAUCCCAGUGCAAGCUCAGAAAUAGAUCUUAUUCUGAAUACUCUGGUGGUCAAUAGCCACAGCCCACUUCUAUUUUGUAAAUUAGCUUCUAGCUUAAGUACAUCUAGAUCAUGAAACCAAACUUUGAUCUUGAAGUGGAGGCAUGUGCAGCAUAUGAAUCUGAAGUUAGCAGCCAGGUUGCUUCCAAUGUAUCUAUUCAAGAAACCUCUAUAGGUCCUUGUAGUGACAGUCUCACUAACAUUUCCAACAUCACAAAUCCAAUAGGGAUUCAUCCUAAUUCAGAUGCUAUUUCACUUGACUUAAGUCUCAACUUCAAGAAUAGUGCGCCAGGGGGAAGAGAUUCAAUAGGAUUCUCCUUCUCAAGCACUAGCGAGAGCAGCAAUGAACCUGCCGCACAAACUACAGCAGCAACCAUUCCACGAGUCUUCUCUUGCAAUUACUGCCAGCGCAAGUUUUUCAGUUCUCAGGCUCUUGGUGGACACCAGAAUGCACACAAGAGAGAAAGGACAUUAGCAAAAAGGGCUAUGAGAAUGGGAUUUUUCUCUGAAAGGUACGCCAAUCUAGCAUCUCUCCCUCUGCAUGGUUCUUUCAGGUCCUUAGGAAUAAAGGCGCACUCUUCACUGCACCAUGGUUUCUCACCAACAAUGAGGUGUCCUGAGAUAAAGAACAAUGCAAGAUUUGAUCAAGGGUAUGUUGGCCACCCGAUAUUCUUGGAGGAUGAUGAGUCAGAUUUGUUGUGGCCUGGUAGUUUUCGUCAAGUUGCUGAGGCAGGUGAUAGUCAUCAGAAUUUCAUACUGACUGGAAGUUCAAAUUUGAGUUUUACUGAGGUGAAUCCACCUGUAGACAUAGAUAACUCAACACCAGAUUUGACUUUGAAACUUUGAAGGAGGUUAUUUGGUAUGGUUCUGACCUUGAGUUGUCUUCUUUAUUGCUAUGUUAUAACACAGUAAGACAUGCAUGCAAGGGGCCAUGAUUGCCAGAUUGAUUCCUAUACUCAGUUGGGUUUCCUUUUACUUUUACUCUCAUUUUCAGUUUUCUGUUAGGAAUCUUGCUUUGGUAUUUUGCUUUUUAUGUUUCUCAUUGUAUAAGAGCUCCGGGAGGACAAUUUUGGAGCUUCUGUGCUUGUUAUAUAAAUCAUGUUAUCCCUUCACUGUAAUUAUUGAGCUUCUAUGCUUUCUGUCUUUGUUUCUAUUCUGGA